AUGGCCUUUGAAGUGAAGAAAAUUGAGCGGACGGAAUGUCUGGAAGCAUUCAUCGCGAACAACUGCAACAACCCGGUACCUUUUGCACGCGAAGAGUGUAUGAGAAUAGAUUUGUGCUUGAAGAAAUCAAUCAACAAUGUUGGAUAUGGUCGAUUAGCUGUGGGAAGUCUAGCGCACACACUUAACGGUUUUUUCGAGGAAGCAUCGUUAAAAACAUUGAUUGCUUCGGUGAUGAUUCUGCUUAUCCUUGCAGUGACUCGGUCUAAAGCCAGGCACUGUAACGAGGUCGGUCGGGACAAAGCCACGAGCCGACACACCUGCAGCAGCCAGAUCGUGAGGGAGUACGAAGAGUCAAGCGAGUCGAUGACAGGAUAUAGGCUAGGUGAAGGUGAAUAUCCUUCAAACUCGUCUUCAAAAUCCUCGUCUCCGUCUUCCUCUCCUUCUCCUGCAUUCGGAUCAUCUUCUGGCUCUGGAAUGGCCAAUGACAUCGUCAAGAAGCGCAUAGACUUCGCGAUGGGUACCAGAGAUGACACUGGAUGGAGUGCAAGACGGUAG